AUGAAUGUGGAAAGAAUAAAAGAUAUAGAUAUAAAAGAAAAAAAUGUUUAUGAAAAAAAUGACAAGAACAAAAGCAAUGGAGUGGAAAAGAGCAUAUGCUUUUAUGAAGAUUUUAUAAAAUUAAAAGAAAAGAUAUUAUUAAAAGAAAAAGAAAUUGUAGAGAAAAGAAAUAAGUGUUUAAAUAAAAAUGAAGAUAAUUGUUCUUUAGUAAAUAAAAAUAAAGUUAUAUAUCGAACGUUUGAUGAGUUUUAUAAAUAUAAAAAAUCAUAUGAAGAAUAUGAAAAUAAAAGACAAAAAGAAGCGUUGCAAUUAUUAAACAAAAGAAAUAUAAAUAAUAAUAAACAAAUCAUAGAAUCUAUAAGUAACAAUGAAAAGUAUUCAUAUAUAAAAUUUAAAAAAGAAAGACAGGGCACGGUUAAAUAUUUAAAGGAAUAUUUCCAAAAAAUACAGGAGGAUAAUUUAAAAAAAAAAAAAAAAAAUUAUUUAUUAAAUAAGUUAGAAAGAAAAGCUUAUAUGACAAAAGAGUUAGUAGAUCGUAAGAAAGAAAAAGAUAAAAAUGUAAUAGAUGAAAAUAUAACAAAUGAUGAUAUAACAAAUGAUGAUAUAACAAAUGAUGAUAUAACAAAUGAUGAUGUAACAAAUGAUGAUAUAACAAAUGAUGAUAUAACAAAUGAUGAUAUAACAAAUGAUAAUAUUACAAGUGAUAAUAUUACAAGUGAUAAUAUUACAAGUGAUAAUAUUACAAGUGAUAAUAUAACAAAUGAUAAUAUUACAAGUGAUACUAUUACAUGUGAUAAUUCUAAAAACAUACAUUUUGAUAAUAUGAAUGAACAAGAUAUAAAGUUAAUCCAAGAAUUAAUAGAUGCUAUGAAAAAAGAUUAUAAGAACGAUGAAGAUUAUAUCUCCAAUUUAUUUGAAGAUUUAUAUAAUAAUAAUCAAACAUAUAUGAUCGAUAAAAUAUUUCAUAUUUUAAAAAACGUAGAUAAAAAGGUAUUAUUAGAAUCUACAAUAAAUACUUUUACUUCUGAUGACUCGCAUUUACAUUUAAAUAAUAAUGAUAUGUUAAUAAACGAGGAUUUUUUACAAACAAAUAAAGAAAAAAACAGUAUGGAAAUUAUAGACAUAAUAAAUAAUUUGGAUAAUUGUAAGGAUCAAAAUUAUAAUAUACAAAAAAUAAAUGAUAACAAUAAAAAAGAAAAAAAUCAAGAACAAGAAAUAUUAGAUAACAUGCAUGAACACAUGCACGAUAAUAAAUGUAACAAUGGAUUAGAAUAUAACAACAAUGUAAAUUGUAAUAGUGACUUACACGAGGUUUUAUGGGUAAAACAAAAUGAUAAUAAUAAUAAUAAUAAAAAGGAUGAUGAUAAUAAUAAUGAUAAAGAUGACGAUGAUAAUAAUAAUAAUAAUAAUAAUAAUGAUAAAGAUGACGAUGAUGAUGAUAAUAAUAAUUAUUAUUAUAAUGAAUGCAUACAUACAUCCACUCAAAAAAAACAUAUCCAUAUAAACAAUCAAAUUAAUAACAAACUUUAUAUAGAGGAUGAUAAUUCAGAAAAUAAUAAAAACGAAGAUUAUGAAGAUAAGGACAUAAAUAUAAUCAAAGAAAAAAAUAAUAAACUUAUAAAAAAAAUUAAACAAAAAAGUAAGAAAAAUAUAAAAGAUACAAAUUAUACAAACAAAUUCGACUGGUUCUAUAAUACCAUCAAUGAUAUAUAUGAAGAAGAAAUUGUUAAUAAUCAUCAGGAUGAUAUAAAUUACAGUUUAUAUGAUGAAAAUAAAGAUACAUUUAGUGAUGAAGACAGUGAAAAAAACGAUAUGUUUUUGUGGUUAAAAAAUAAAGAUAUAGAAAAUGUUCUGAGUGAAAAAAGAACAUCCAUGGAUGAUAAUUAUUAA